GGAGCGUAUAUUUGGAACCAAAAUAAAACUUGUUUUCCUGAAAUAAAAACAACAGUAGUUACGAUUCAUCUGUUGAUUUGAUAGCGAUAUGGAUGCUCAAUGUUGAAUUUAUCUGCAAAACAUGUGAAUGAAAAUGUUAUUCGUAUUGCUCUAGGCAAAAACAUUUCUCAUAACGCUACUACGGAGGAUUAACUAUUUUUCUCAAAACACUGACUUAAUGUGCGCUGUGUAUUCGUGUUUUCCUGGUUACGUUUGCUAUUAAUGAAAUGGUUUUAUUGGCUCACUAGAGAAAAAGUUAAAAUUGCAUCGAUAUUCGGAAUAGACAUCGGGAUUGGUGGUCUACCGUUAGUUGUAUACCAAUGAACGACAGGGCACCAAUUAACUGCAGUUGAAGUAGACCAGUCAGCAAAAAUAUUGAAAACAUGAAUGACUCUAUAAACUUGACUAGCACCUCUGAUGAAAUUAUAACUUCCUGGUAUCAACAAAUCGAUCGACCAAAUAAGUACAUGCAAUCAACACAUACCCGAAUUGAUCGCGCCAGUCCUGAAGUUGUGGUGGUAGACAACGAGUUGAAUGAAGUCCAAUUCGUAAGUGGCAUGACUGCCAUUGUUGAUUUGACUAAUCUCUCCGACGGUGUCGGAAAUACAAGUUAUUGCCAUCAUCGUUCUCGAAAUCGGAAGUAUAAUCGAACUAGAAGACGAUUAACUGGGAAAACAUCGAAUGAACCAUCAGAUGUGGAAUUCGUAUGCAAUAAUGAUAUCACUGUAGACUUAACCGGUCUUACAGAUGACACUGAAACAAUGGUUCGAAAUCGUAUUGAUAAUGGAGCCAUGAAAGAAGAAAUAGAAUCUAUAAAUCAUUCUUUUUUGGAUAUAAAAGUCGAUCCAACAGAUGUAGAACUAGUCGACGAAAUGAAUGUCGCUGUCGACUUAACUGUCCACAAUAAUGGAAAUGCUACGACGUGCCUUAGCCACGACCAAAAAGUUGAAGACAACUAUUCUUCAACUGUGAAGAUAAACCAUGAGCCAACGGAUGUUGAAUCAGUAUGCGAAAAGGAUGCUACAAUUGAUCUCACUGAUCUCACAGAUGACAUCGAAUUUGAUGAAAAUGUAAAUGAUUCUAUUUUAGUCAGUACAAAUGAAAUGAAACGUUUUCCAUAUGGACAUGAUGAAAAAGUGCAAAAGGGCAGAGUUAAUUCCAGUAAUAACUACCGGGUCGGUAUUUUUUGCCCAAGGCCUUUCCGGUCUCGCUUGAUGAAUCGUAUCAUGGCUGUAAUGGAUCGUAUUCCUGUUUCCGAGCCCUAUCCGCAGUACAAACGCAAUGGUUAUUCUUUGGAUACCAUGUGGUUUCUAGCGGCGAACGAAUUUUCAUCGUCUUGGAUGACCGCCACUAUAGAACGUAUAUCCAAAGAGUCCUACUGGCGUAGGAUUCCUUUGCUAGUUGAGCCGUGGAACAACAAUUUUGUUGUAAAAAAUGUAUUAGAAUUAAUACUGCCCUAUAUUAAAUACCCGGGAAAUGGAAAAGGAAUGGUAAUCCAACGUUUGCGCAAAGCAAACCAGGCUUAUGGAUCAAAUCGUUGGAACCUGAUGGGUUGCAAAGCAGAGAACCUCAAAAUUCGGAUCUUGUUAGCUGUGAAUGAAAAAACCAUGCUUUUGUUGAAGAAAACACAGUUUUAUGUAUUCUAUGGUUUUAGCCAGUACCGAUGUCGAGUUCUCAAAGCAACAACAAGAUAAAAACAGCAAUAUUAGUUUUGUAAGUUGAUUAGUAGAUACAUAGUUCGUGUUAUAUUUUCUUUUUAUAUUGUUCUUUUAUAUCUUGAAUUCUAUUUAA